AUGAGUCUCCCCCCCGGCCCUCCCAGCGGCGACGCCAAGCCGUCCCUCGGCGCAAGCCAGGAUCCAGGAGUCAAAGCCGUGCAAGCUGCGAUGGAGUCCUGUCUCGGCAAGUCCAUCAUGUCCGGAGUAAUGGGUUUCGGCAUGGGCGGCCUGUUUGGCAUGUUCAUGGCCUCGAUGUCUUACGACACCCCCUUCGGCAGCCCAGUCACCAACAGCGCCGGCCAAAACAUGUCGUCGCUCCCCCUCCGCCAGCAGCUCAAGGUCGGGUUCAAAGACAUGGGCACGCGCUCGUUCUCCAUGGCCAAGAACUUUGGCAAGGUCGGCGCCCUCUUCUCCGGCAUCGAGUGCGGCAUCGAGGGCUUGCGCGCCAGGAACGACUUGGCCAACGGCGUCGCGGCGGGCUGCGUGACGGGCGCGAUCCUGGCCAAGAAUGCUGGGCCGCAGGCCAUGGCUGGCGGGUGCGUGGCCUUUGCGGCCUUUAGCGCCGCCAUUGAGGCGUACAUGAGGCAGCCCAAGGAGGAGUAA